GUAUAUUUCGCGCGAAACUCAGUUUGGGAAGCUUAAGUGAGAGUGGAGAAGUUGGAAAUGAGUAAAAAAGAUAACGGCGCAACACUCAUCCUUGCCUAUCUGAACGAGAAGAACCGGCCCUACAGUGCUCAGGAUGUCUUCUGUAAUUUACAAAAGCAGCAUGGACUGGGCAAAACAGCAGUUGUCAAAGCCAUGGAGCUGCUGGCGCUGGAGGGGAAGAUAAAGGAGAAAACAUACGGCAAGCAAAGGAUUUAUUUUGCUGAUCAGGCUCAGUUCAAAGAUGUGAACGAUGCAGACCUGAAGGCCAUGGACUGUCAGAUCUCAGAGCUCAGUGCAGAGGUGCAGUCCCUCACCCAAAGCUGCAGACUGCUGGAUGCAGAGGUGAAGGAGCUCAGCAGCUCCCUGACGACAGAGGAAAUGGUGUCAGAGAUCCAGGAGCUGAAAGCAGAGUGUUCUGGGUACAGGGCACGUCUGGAGAGGAUUAAGUCGGCCACAAAUCACGUCACACCAGAAGAGAAAGAGAAGGUUUACAAAGAGCGGGAUGUAUACGUGAAAGAGUGGAAAAAGAGGAAGAGACUGGCUUCAGACAUGAUCAAUGCAAUCCUGGAAGGGUAUCCUAAGAGCAAAAAGGAGUUCCUGGACGAAGUUGGCGUGGAGACUGAUGAGGACUGUAAGGUGGCUGUUCCAAAUACCUGAACGAGUCUGCAAACACUCGUUCCUCCGUAUCAGCGUGAGCCUGUGCAGUGCUGAGUUAAGAAUAUAUAUGACACAUGAAGGCGGUCUGAGCCACAGCACAUUCUUUAUAUAAAGCUUUUCUUUUGAACAGGUAGUACAUCUUUAAAAUAAAAGUUAAAUGGAGAUGCUACUUUUGUAAUUGAAAUUAAAUUAAUAAAAAAAAUAGCUGUGAUUUAAACAGCACUGAAGGAUGCUUGUCACCUCAUAGGCAGCAUUUUCUUUUUUCCCUUUUUAAAGCCAUAAAACUAAUCCUGAGCCCAUGAUGAAAAUGUGAAUGGAUUUUUUUAUUCUAGCUUUAAGGGCUGUACAUUCUUUGUUGCUCAUUACAUGUUCAAGUCCAUCUUGCUUUUUUUUUUUUUACCUGUACAUAAAAACUGCAGCGUUUAAAGCAUUGACUAUUAUUCAUAACCUUCAGGUAUUAUGGGGGCGAUUGUCCUAUUUUCCCCUCUCCUUUGUACUGUUUCUUCAUGCAGUAUUGGUGCCAAAUCAUUAAAUGUUCAUGACAAUAACAUUUGACACAGAAGUGCUAACAGAAUUUCUUCAACAAAAGAACCUAACUUGUCUGUUUAUCAGGUAGCUGCGGAGAUGGGGACCACUGCCCGGCUAGAUUUGUCUUUUACUCCUAUAGUCUCACACUUUAUUUUACUUAAGGAAAAUUAAACAGGACACACAUUCAACAUAUUUUACAGAGGCUGACGUCACUCUUUGGAUGGUGAUAUACAGUAGAUGGCUUUUAUAAAAGAACUAUCAAAAGAAAACACUUGAAGCAACAAGACAACACUUCCCUGUGAUUAAAGCAACAACAGUAAAGCAACUCUUUGCCACUGAACAGAUUAACCAUGUGUAUGACAGAUUUUGCUUGCUCAGAUACUCGAAACAAAACUCACAAGUCUGCACAUAAGUUUGCUUUUUAUCAUCCAUUUAAAAUUCAAAAUAUAUAUAAAAAAAAAAAAUUCAGUACAGCAGCUGUAAAUCUCUCCAUGCAUGGCCGUGUCCAUGGUUCUCAGCAGGAACCUGUGACUGUCGGGGGAACAGUGACAGAACAUUUUCCACUUAGUGGUGUUGAAAAUUCCUAUGUGUUGCUGACUGUUACUGAUCAUAAAAGCCACUGAUGAGUCAUUUAAUUUAAACACUAAACUGCAGUCUGAAAGGUUCAUCACAACACUAUGUAUUUAAACAUCUUCCAAAUAAACACGACAUGUAUAACUGCAAAUGAAUAACUGUAUUUAACACAAUGUGCGGCGUAUCUUAAUUAUUGUCAAAGUCAAUAGAAAAAGUCAUUUAUAAAUCUUAGACCUUUAUGCUGCCUAUAUUGCCAUCACCCAUGAGCAUUCAGCAAAUACCGACAGCUUCAUUUUGUCACACUACAGGUAGAAAAGUUUGUUUUAAUCCGUGAUAAAAUGCACAGCGCCACAGAGCGUUCUCCUGAGGGUGCACAUAGGGGAAAUGACCGUUACCCGACAGUAGUGUAGUUGUCUGCUGUGGUUCAGGAGUGGUAUGGCUGACUCAGUGUUUGUGCACUGAAGCUGAGCCGAGCCCUUUGGAUCAGCAUUAGGCUGCAAAGUUAUGCCUGACUUCACGGGU